UGCGUACCUGCAGUCAAUGGGUAACACGUACAAGUGUCAUUAUUUAGCACGUACAGCGACUGACAUGGUAUACGCGGCGUGUACUUCGGCCUUUAUAUCAUCGCAACAACCGUGGAAUAUUGCGUUAUCAUAGAUAUAUUUGUGUUACUAGCAUUUGGCACUGGUCAUUUAUAUGGUGUAUAUAUAGGGAGACUUAGAAAUAAUAACAAACAUUGCGUCUCGGUGUAGCUAGCUAGAUACAUUUGCGUCGACAGCAGAACUGUAUUGAACACACAGUGGCGAAGCUCACCACAGAGCAUAUAGAGUGUACAAAAUAUGGAGGAUAUAAAAGAUCAACUUCGAGACGGCUUCCAACAGUUGAAGGAGACGCUCGGACCCAUGCAUAAAUAUGUCACACCAACAUCCGCUCUGGUCGGACUCGGGGCUGGUCUGUCAGUCUAUUGGCUGAUAAAGCGGAGCAAGUACAACCUUCCACCAGGACCUACACCAAUACCUGUCGUCGGCAACUACAGCCUGAUGGGGGACAAAGACUUUCACGCGAGCUGCGUGAAACUGUCACAUAAGUACGGUCCUGUCAUCACCAUAUACUUGGGAAUGUCCCCAGUUAUCAUUGUAAAUACAAUCGAAGCUGCAACGGAAGUCUUGGUUAAAAGUAAGGCGGAUUUUGCCGAUCGUGUAGAGUUUCCAUCAGGAAACAAAUUUUCGGAAGGCGGAAAGGACAUUGCAUUCGCGCACUACACCCCUACAUGGAAACUCCACCGGAAGAUCGCUGGUUCUGCUCUCAGAACAUACUUGAAGGGAGGCAAGCUGGAGGAAGCUAUUCACGGAUCCCUGUCACAGGUUAUCGAGUUGUUUGAGAACUUGAAGGAAGAACCUUUUGUUCCCCACCCCUACAUAGAUCUUGCUGUUUUCAACAUAAUCCAUGGACUUUGCUUCCACAAAGUGUAUAAGUUUGACGACCCUAGAUUCAAACGCUUGGUGGAUUUAGACAACGAACUAAUAACCACUUUUGGAUCAGGUUUCUUAGAAGAUCUGUUUCCAUUUUUGUUGAAGAUUUGGCCAAGUAGCCGAUUCAACAAAGCAAUGCAACUGGCGGAACAAGUUCUUCAAUUUCUGGAUGAUGAACUACAGGAGCACAUAACGUCUUUCGACGAAGGUAAUAUUAGAGACUUUGCUGACGCCUUAAUUCUGGCAAGAAAGGAGGCAGAAAAUGACGAAGAUACGGAACUCCUAGACCAACUAACUGAGGCUCACCUGAGACAGACUCUGAAUGACAUUUUCUUUGCUGGAUUCGACACCACACGUUUUACACUACAGUGGUUCUUUCUUUAUAUGGCUGCUAAUCCGGAAGAACAGAAAAUAGCUCAGAAGGAAAUCGACACAGCUGUGGGAGGUGAUCGUCUUCCUGGACUUGGGGAUCGAAAUGCAAUGCCCUACACCGAGGCUGUUUUACAUGAGGUCAUGCGGAUUGCAUCUGUGGCACCGUUUGGUGUUCCACAUGCGGCCAGAAACGAUUCAAAAUUAUAUGAAUACGACAUACCGAAGGGCACUAUGGUCAUGAUAAAUCACUGGGCAUUGCACAAUGAUCCUAAACACUGGAAAGAUCCCUCAAAGUUUGAUCCCAAAAGAUUUUUGGACUCUGACGGAAAUCUCGCUCCAAAACCAGUCAGCUGGCUUCCAUUUUCCGCUGGAAGGCGGGUAUGUCUAGGAGAGAGUGCGGCGAAACCGGAACUUCAUCUCAUCUGCGCAACUAUUCUCCAACAGUUUGAAAUCAUGCUUCCACCAGGUGUCACUGCAGACUUCAGUCCAGAUGUCAGUGGUAUUGGGGGGUAUACAGCUAAUCAAUACAAAAUCGUGGUACAAAAGAGGACUUAAACGAACAAGAAUGGUGUUAUAUGGCUCGAUCUAAGCAAAGUAGAAAAGCAUGUGAAUCAAUGAAUGUGUAGAGAAAUAAAAUACCAUUCUGACACAGGGUUGGAGAAAAAGCUGUAAAUGAAAUAGAAUGUGAUUCAACUAGGAUCACAUAUAUCAAUACCAAUACCAAUAUUUCACGAGGAUAAACGAACCCGUUUAUCUGUUACAGCUUUUCAAAUGUAUAAUUUGUAUCUUUUAAACAAGAUGGUAGAUUAUCUUAUCUGCAACUGCAGUAACACAACUGUUGAAUUGCUUUGUUUUUUCCUUCUUUUUAUAGAUAUUUUCAUCAUCUACUUUAAUCAUUGUAGUUACGGAAGAUGAUUAUUAAGGGGGCAAGAUCACGAAUACCUUUCCAGUGCUUAUCAAUCGUAUCCAUGCUAUUUUCUAUAGGACUUUUAUAAUACGUGGCCUUUGCCUCCUUUGUCAAUUUAUCAACAGGAUAACGUUGUUUUUAGUCACCCCUGGGGGAACCCCAGUGGGGACUAUUAAUUUUGGUUUCAGUCCCAGAUUUUGACCUCUGUUAGGAGGGCUGUUGUGUAUCUUGCUUCUGUCGGAAUGUACCAGGCGCUAAUUACAAGGUCUUGGAUAACUCAGAUAUAGAUUUCCUUUUUAAACAGGAAUAGGAUAAAACCUAAAGGCGUUCCAAAUUCCCCACU